CACCUGCCACAUCAAAUCAUUUUGACAUAACAAUGCAAUCACUUGAGCGGCUUCACAUAUCUCAUUAUCAAAUCACGGCCAGGGAUUUCAAAUCCUUUGCGAAUAUAUGCACCUUAUCUUCUUUGGAGGUGUUUGAAAGCAAUUUGACCGAAGAUUUGGAAUCAAUUCUUCACAAUCUCUCAGCUGGCUGUGUCACUCACUCACUACAAGAGUUGUAUUUGGGCUAUAACCAGAUGACUGGCUCAAUACCUGAUGACCUUUCAAUAUUCCCACUUUUAAAAGAGUUGUACCUCUUCCAAAAUCAGUUAAGAGGAAAAAUACCUGACAAUAUCAGGUUGCCAUUUCAGUUAAAGGCUUUGUCCAUCAGUUCAAACUCUAUAGAAGGUGGAAUUCCAAAGUCAUUUGGAAACAUAUGUAGUCUCCAAUCAUUAGACUUGUCUUAUAACAAGAUGACAGGAGAGCUUCCAGUUGCAAUCCAGCACUUGUCUGGAUGCGCAAGAUACUCACUCCAACAUUUGAAUCUCCAAAAUAACCAAUUCAACGGAACCUUGCCUGACAUCUCAAUUUUCCCAUCUUUAACACAUUUAUAUUUGUCUCAAAAUAAGCUAAAUGGGAAGGUUCCUGAAGGAAUUCAAUUUCCGUCACAGUUGGAGACAUUGAUCAUGAACUCAAACUCUUUGGAAGGGGUCAUCACAGACUCUCAGUUUCAUAAUUUGGGUCUUGGAUUAUCUGGCAACUCAUUUGUUUUGGAAAUUAAUCGUGACUGGAUUCCACCUUUUCAGUUGCAAGUGAUAAUGUUGCAGCAUUGCAAGUUGGGUCCCGAUUUUCCAAAAUGGUUGCAGACACAGAAAAACUUGAUGCAACUUGAUAUUUCCAAUGCUGGAAUUUCGGAUAUCACUCCAGAGUGGUUUUGGGCUCUAUCAACAAGGCUAAAUAAGAUGAACAUUUCGUACAACAAUCUCACUGGAAUAAUUCCAGAUUUUCCAUUGAGGCUUACGGAAUAUCCUUCUAUAUAUCUAGCUGCAAAUCAAUUUGAAGGCUCAAUCCCGCUAUUUUUACGAAGAGCUGUGUCCCUGGAUCUGUCCAACAAUAAAUUUUCAGAUGUUACUUCAUUUGUAUGUGCCAAUGAUACAGCUGAAAGAUUAGGCCAAUUAGAUAUUUCAAACAAUUAUUUAUCUGGUCAAAUCCCUGAUUGUUGGGAGAAUUUUAAAUCAUUAGCUUAUAUAGAUGUGAGUAACAAUAAUUUUUCUGGACAAGUCCCCACUUCAAUGGGAUCAGUUCUUGAGCUUCUUGUAUUGAUAUUGAGAAACAAUAGCUUGACGGGGCAGCUUCCUUUCUCGAUGAAGCAUUGCAAAAAUUUAGUGAUGCUGGAUGCAGGAGAGAACAAAUUAUCAGGAAUCAUUCCUUCUUGGAUUGGAAGCGGCUUACAACAACUGCAAAUGUUAAGCUUGCGGAAAAAUCACUUUUUUGGAAGUAUACCAUUAUCUCUCUGUUUUCUAAAUGGCAUUCGCUUCUUGGAUCUCUCGGUUAAUCUUCUGUGGGGCCCAAUUCCAAAAUGUUUCAUUAACUUCACUGCAAUGACCACCCAAGAAAGGUUCUUAACAGAUUCCCAUGAUCAUUCUUGUAUUGUCAACCACACUCUUGGAAUGUAUGGGUAUGAUUAUGAUAUAAUUGCUUUGUUGAUGUGGAAAGGUGUAGAACACAUAUUUGAGAAUGAUAAGCUGCUUCUAAAAGGUAUUGAUCUCUCAAGUAAUCAGUUCUCAGGGGAUAUUCCGUCAGAACUUGAGAAUUUGGUGGAGCUAGUUUCAUUGAAUUUAUCAAGAAAUAACUUGACAGGAAAAAUUCCUUCAGAAAUUGGAAGGUUGUUAUCAUUGGAGUCUCUUGAUUUGUCAAGAAACCAUUUAUUUGGCUCCAUUCCUUCUAGUCUUGCACAAAUUGAUUUUCUCUCAGUGUUGGAUCUAUCACAUAAUAAUUUGUCUGGACAAAUUCCAACUGGCACACAGUUGCAGAGUUUCAAUGCCUCAAGUUACGAAGAAAAUCAAAAUCUCUGUGGGCUACCUCUCGAAAAAAUGUGUCCCAAGGAAGGGCCACGUCAAGAAUCUGUGGUUAAAACCCAAGAUGAGAAUGAUGAUGGUUUUAUUCAAGCGUUCUUCGCAAGCAUGGGAUUGGGAUUCUUUGCUGGAUUCUGGGGGAUCUUUGGCACUAUCCUCUUCAAUCGCUCAUGGAGACAUGCUUGCUUCCGAUCCUUGAACAACAUAACAGAAAAAGUUAUGUCAAGGUGGCAAUGGUGGUGAUAUAUGCAAUAAUGCAACAACUACUAGCUUGAUUGCGGAUCGGCGACCAUGUGCUGGCAUCAUUCUAGUCAGGAAGCAAAUAAAGCAGCAGCACUUUCAACUUUCAAGUGAUCAAUAAAACUAAGUAGUCGUUCAUGAAGCGAAUGUGAGAAACUUUAAAAGUAAAUAAAAUAUGAGUUGUUACUUGUAACUAAGUACUAGUGAGUGUUACUUAUUGAUAUAUCAGUUUGUAUUUGUGAAUUGUAACUACCAGUUACCAAUCAGUAUUGUAAUGUAUUUGGUUUAGACAAGAGAAUAUGAUAUCUAUUUUAUAUUUUUCAUGGGAUAACGGUCAUCAAAUCAUUUUUGCA